AUGAUCGUGCAAGAGCCAGUGCAGGCGGCCAUAUGGCAUUGUUUGAAUCAUUAUGCUUAUCCAGAUGCGAUAUUCUUGGCAGAAAGAUUAUGUGCAGAAGUGGACACAGAGGAAACAUUGUUCCUCUUGGCGACAUGUUAUUAUCGUUCUGGCCGAGUCAAACAAGCCCAUGCCUUAUUAUCCCAGAAGGCACGUAGUUCGGCACAGUGUAGAUUUUUAUUAGCAAAAUGUUGUUACGAUAUGGAACAGUAUGCAGAAGCAGAAGCCACGGUAAUCGGCGGGUAUUACAAACAAUUGAAGAAUUUAGAAGAAAUAGUACCGCAGUUAGGGGAGCAGGCAUGCUUUUCUCUCCAGAUAAUAGCGAAAAUUCACUACAAAAUGAUGCGCACCGCGAAGGGCAACGAGGCGCAUAAACUGGCGUUAAAACUGAACCCGUUUCUCUGGCACUCUUUCGAGGAACUCUGUAACGUCGGCGAGAAGGUGGAUCCCGCUAAGAUCUUUCAGCUAGACAAACUGGAUUCCUUCAUCAUGUGCCAUGGUACAGCUUCUACGUGGGACUACGUUGCUGAGCCAGAUCUCAUUGUACCUGGAAAUAAUGCCAACAGCACACCUAUGUCGAAUAGCACUAACAUUACACCCGUGCAGAUGACGACGCUGAUAAACGGCAGCCAGAUGUCGCAGGGGCGAUUAUGUUCCUCGAUGGAGGAGAGCCCGCAAAAUGUGCCCGUUCACUGGAGCAACUGCUCCUCGAUAUCGCCGAGGGCUAAACUGUCGCGUUAUCGCAACAUGUUCAGUAACCCUAUGAGUCCACUCACACCCAGCUUUGGCAUCUUGCCGUUGGAAAGCAAUACACCCGAACCGGCUGUACCACCCACGCACACAACUCUUACGGAAGCGAACGACCAGAAGAGUUUGGCGAAACGCGUCAGGGCUCACGUUGGGCAAUUAAUAUCGAAGAAGGAGACGCCGUUGCAACAAGGUAAACCGGUUUUUUCUCAGUCGGGUAAUGCGAGCAAUACUGCCAAUAUUGUGACAGUGACCGCUACUCCGACGCCUCCAUCACCAACGCUACAGGGCACCAACGUUAGACGCUCGUCACGGCUCUUCAGCCACCACCAUUAUUCAGUGAAGGAAAAUAAUAAAUCACCUAACAGGAAUAAAUUCGCCACUCCGAAGUCUCCCUCCCGCAAGACGAAAGCGAGACUCGCCAAGACAAAUUUGAACAAGACCAACUUUGAAUUAAACGAGAGAAACAGGAACGAGAAGGAGAAGAGCGAGACAAUCACGUCGGAGAAGGCUAUCGCUAAUACGAACGCGCUGAAUACACAAAGCAACAACAUUCAUUGCGCAGUAACGUUGCAAAAGCAGUGUGCAGAGGGUCUGAUGUCUUUGCUGCGAGAGUUAGGUAUAGCGUAUCAGCACUUGAGCCAGUUCAAAUGCACGCAGGCUAUUGAAGUAUUGAGUAUAUUACCGACGCAGCAUUACAACACAGGUUGGGUACUCUCUAUGCUGGCCCGUGCACACUUCGAGAUGAUGGACUAUAAGAAGGCUGCUAAUUACUUCGCCGAAGUACAACAGUUAGAGCCACAAAGGAUGGAACUGAUGGAGAUCUACAGCACUGUUCUAUGGCAUUUACACGCGGAAGUGCAGUUGUCUACGCUUGCUCAAGACCUAGUUAUCCAAGAUCGCAAUUCGGCGGCGGCAUGGUGUGCCACGGGUAAUCUGUUCUCGGCGCAAACGGAGCACGAAACUGCGAUCAAAUUCUUCCAAAGAGCUAUCCAGGUGGAUCCAAAUUUUCCGUACGCCUACACAUUACUAGGACACGAAUACGUUUUGACCGAGGAACUGGAUAAGGCAAUCAUCGCAUUCCGCAACGCCAUCAGGCUCGAUCCCAGGCAUUAUAACGCAUGGUUUGGGCUGGGAACGAUAUUUUCGAAACAGGAACAGUACAGUUUAGCGGAGUUACACUUUAAACGGGCUUACCAGAUUAACCCGCAAAAUUCUGCGAUAAUGUGCCACAUAGGUGUCGUGCAACACGCCCUGAAGAAAACCGACCAGGCGUUGAAGACACUGAACACGGCGAUAGCUAACGAUCCCGACAACACCUUGUGCAAGUUCCAUCGUGCGAGCAUCAACUUCUCAAUUGGUCGACACGCGGAAGCUCUCCGAGAGUUCGAGGAGCUGAAGAAUAUUGUACCCAAAGAGUCUCUAGUCUAUUAUUCGAUAGGAAAGGUGCAUAAAAAAUUAGGCAAUACGCAUCUCGCAUUAAUGUACUUUAGUUGGGCAACGGAUCUAGAUCCGAAAGGUGUUAAUAGUCAAAUCAAGGAGGCUAUAUUGAGUCCAGGACAAACGGAUGAUGAUUCUCCGGUGACGCAAUCAGAUGAACAACAAGCACAAAAUAGUUCGAUGGAGCAGGAAGUCGAGACGAGCAGGGAAGGGAGCUCCGCGCCUCUCGCAGGGAACGUCGAGCCUCCCGCCGACGACAGCGACGACAGUUUAUGAAAACGUCGCGGCGCGCACAGGAAGAAGGCUGCCGUGAAAUAAAGCGACAAUUUGUAGCGCAUCGUUUAUCCCUCGUAUCUGGUCACUCGAGUCGCGAAUUCUCUAACCGAUCUGGCGCUUUCACGGAAGAAGAAGUUGCUUUUGACGUUCGUCGAAGGUUUAAGUUCAGCGCAUUCGCCCAAUUGUGUCCUUGCGAGAGAACCAGUUCGUCAAGGAUUCGAUCGUAUAGAGAGAGAGAGCCCAUUUGUACACCGUCUCUCCGCGGUUUUGUUUCCUUCGCACCAAAAUCGGACAUCCUGAAUCGCACGCAAAUGCGGUGUCCUCGCCUUCGCGAAAGAAAGGAGGAGGAGGCGGAGGAAGACGACGACCCGUCAUGUCGUAUCUCCCCCCUCCUCCCCCGUCGACUUGUACAUUAGUACGCGUUUGUUUCUGUACAUUUUUUCUUUUUUUCUUUCUGCGUCUUUACUCAGUCACCCUUUGUAUUUCUUCGUUCUUUCGAUCACACCGCGUCUCUCGUGCCUCGUUCCGUUGCGGGCUAAGUCCCUCCGAGUCGAGCGCGAUCUCGCGUCCCUGCAAAGUCGUCGACGUCAAAGUCCGACUUUUGAGCAUAGCUCGGACCUAGAAUAAUCCUAGGGGUCUAGUCCUCACUCAGACAAGGUAUUAGAGAUUUACGGUUGAUGAGUAGAGACUGUACCGCGAGAAGAUGAGCGAACGUAACCGUAAGCAUGUCGUACGUAGCUAGGUAGUGUAAUUAAUUCAUCACUUAAGGAAAAGAAUGAAGUCUUGUGUAAAUGUAAAUUAUUAUUAUAAUAGGGCUAUCGCACGCGAAAGUCACCGUCCAUUGUGGCCGGCUUUCCUCGAUCGUUCGCUGGUUGACGAGCACUCGAAAGUCGUGAGUUAACUGUGUUAUCUCAAACUAUUUCACUUCGGAAACAGUAGAGGCGAGCCGGCCAUGAACGACGUUUGCUUCUCCGAGCCCUGAACAUUACUGUGUAUUUACCGUAAUCUAUUAUUAUUAUUAUUAUUAUUAUUAUUAUUAUCAUCAUCAUCAUCAUUAUUAUCAUCAUCAUUCAUGCUACCAUCGCUAUUAUUAUCAUCCGUACGAUUAUCAUUGUUGAUUUAGUGAUUGUGGAGGUGCCGUUGGCCACCGCUGCCGCGUCGUGCUGCCGGUGGCCGUCGUUGGACGAUCGUGCAAUUCUCGUCGUGAAGUUAAAAUCUUGAGUCGAUCGAAACAUGCGAGUCCGAAACCGAAGUGGUGAUGGUGGCGGUGAUGAUUACGGCGAUUCACUCGCGUUCAAUCGCGUUCUCACACUCGAGACUUCGGUGUCUCUCUUGACCUCCGGUAUCCGGAAAUCAUCGUGAUCCUACCCUCCCCCAACCUGGCAAGUGUCUACAUAUAAACACGCAACGCGCUUACGCUCGCGCUUCACAGAUCGCGAUAUUCUCGAUUGCGCGGGGAAGAGUUUCGCGUUCGCGCGACGUUUGUCUGUCUUUGUGUGAAUUGAUAUUAAGUGUACAACGUAAAUCGCAUCUCGCCGCCCAGUCUCGAGCCCCGUUCACCGGUGCACGUUAAUUGCGUUUCACUCCGGUGCGGCGUAUACGUCGUUUCGGCCCCCGGCAUCGGCGCGUGUAUCGCCACGGCAGAGACGCACACGCAAGAAAUGACUUGUAACGUUUUAUAUUGUACACGCAAUUAAACGGAAGGACACGGUCAAACGGAAAGGAAAUAGAGAAGGAAUUGUCGACUGAGAAAAUGAAAACCUCUAUAUGUGGUGUUACAUACGUGUCAAACACGCGCGAAUCUCUCUCAUAUCUCUCUCUCUCUCUCUCUCUCUCUUCUCGCUCGUAUACCUCUUCCUGUAUAUGUAUAUC